GGUAAAUAUUUCAUUUUAGUUUACUUGUUUUCAGCUUAGUUUGAACAUGUUUUCAAUUAAUAAUUUGUUUGAAUCGCAACCUCUAGUCAAUACUUUGAUUGGAGUUGCCCUCUUCUGGCUGGUAAAGUAUUUGUUUUACACAAUAAAAAGGAUUCGUUCAUUACCAGCUGGUCCUUGGGGCCUUCCUAUUGUUGGUUAUUUACCCUUCAUUAGAGAUCAUACUUAUCUUGAAUUUGACCGCUUAUCUAAAAAGUAUGGACCAGUUUAUUGUUUAAAAUUGGGUGUUUACGAUGUGGUCUUGGUUUGUGACUGGCCUCACCUGAAAGACGCUGUUUCCAAUGAUGCCUUACUUGCUAAACCGCAUGCAUCUUUAUUGCCUGGUGGUGGUGAAGGACGUUCACUUGGUGAAAUGUCAGGCAGUCCUUGGCAGGAACAUAGACGUUUAUCACUACACAUUUUACGUGAUAUCGGUCUUGGAAAGAGUACCAUUGAAACGUUAGUUAAAGAAGAGAUUGACCAGUUUCUUACAACCUUGGACAAUGAUGGUAAACCUGUUGAUUUUAAGAAAAAGAUUGGCCACUCUAUAGUGAAUAACGUCUCAAUUUUAUUGUUUGGCCAUAAAUAUGAUCUUAAUGAUCCUGCUGCUAUCGAAAUUUCAGCAGCAAAUGACGAAAUCGCAAGUAGUCUUAACUUUGCCGGUGUAAUGGCUUUUCUACCAUGGUUAUCGAGCUUUGUGUUUAAAUUCAAAUUUAUCAAUUUAACCAGACUGAUAAAGUGCUUUCAAAUCGUCGAUACACAUAUUCAGAAUGAAAUUGAUAAACAUCAGGAAAAAAAUUCUCAAGAAGUUGUAGAUUACAUUGAUGGUUAUCUUGCUGAGAUGAAAAAAAGAGAGGAGCGAAACCAAAUCGACGAUAAUUUCUCAAUUGAAAUAUUGAAAAAGAAUGCUGGUGCAUUUUAUGGAGCUGGAACUGCGGCUGUGUCGAGUACAAUGGAAUGGAUGAUGGUAUAUUUAGUCAGAUAUCCAGAGAUUCAAGAUAAAAUACGUUCAGAGAUAGCUGAUGUUAUUGGAUUUGAAAGAAGACCAGAUUAUGUUGAUAGAAUUAGAAUGCCUUUUACAAUGGCUGUCAUUCAUGAAGCACAUCGAAUUGGUUCCGUUGCUCCAAAUAAUCUACUCAGGAGAGCUUCAAGUGAUACAAAAAUCGGUAAUUACAAUAUACCCAAAGAUUCUUUGGUUAUCUUCAAUUUCUGGUCAAUUAAUCGUGAUCCUAACCUGUGGCCUAAUCCUGAUAAAUUUGAUCCAACUCGUUUCCUUACUGAAGAUGGCACUAAAGCAGUGAAACCACCUUAUCUUAUACCUUUCAGUGCUGGUAAAAGGAACUGUCCAGGUGAAAGUUUAGCCAAUGUUGAAUUAUUUUUGUAUUUAGUUUGUAUAUUACAAAAAUAUCGUGUAAAAGUUAAACCAGGAACAGAAAUAUCAACUGAAGCAACUUUUGGUUUAUCAAGACGUCCAUCCAACCUACCAACUUUAAUUUUUGAGAAAAUAUCCAAUUCUGACUUAAGUUAAAUGUUUCUCAUGUUAAUAUUUGUGUAUCAAUAUUAUUUUGAAGUGAUUUAUCAUUUGUUUAAAUAA